GAGGAGUACCAGAGCCGGCUGCUCCUGCGCCCGUCCGACGCCGCCGAGUACGAACACGAGCUCGGGACAGCUCCGACGAGUCCGACGAGCGCGAUGUGGAUGGCGGCGACGCCGGACGAGGACAUCUACCCGCACCAGCUGGAGGUGCCGCCGCUCCACGCGAUGGUCCCGUGCGAUCGGACGGGCCAGCCUCUUUGGCGCGAGAGGGUCGGCGGGGACGGCCGCCGAGUGGCGCGGCCGUGCUACGGCGCCCAGUGGCAUCCCUCGCCCCUCGAGUUCAUGGAGCUCCUCGAGUCCUGCAACGGGAGGGCGGCGCCGGAGGCGGAGGAGGCGGCGCUGGCAAUGCUGCGCGGGGGGCCGAGCCCGGUGGGUGGGACAACGACUCCUUCUGACGAGCUGGUGCGCGGCUCCGGUCGGCUGGUGGCGAGUGAAAACCGACGCUGGCUGAUCGCCGCCAGCGACGACGACAGUGACGUGAAUGUGUUGGCCGGCUUCGACAGCUGCGAGUGGUGCGCCGUGUGCGACUCGCUGGCGAUCGCGAAGGCGGCCGGGAAGUACUACUUGGCAAAGGCGGUGACGGAGAAACAGGCCGAGGGCUCGAUGGAUGCGAGCGUGAUGCCGAUCCUGCACGGGCUCGACGACGAGAGGAGGCGCGUCUUCAAGGGCGCGGUGCGAGGGAUGUCGGAAACAGCCUGGUCGGGGUGGCCUGUGAAAGGGCCCCGCACCGCGCUGUGGUGCGUCCGCUUCCUGGCGGAGCAGGACUCGCAUCCGCGCGCCCGCCGCGCCAAGUGGCGCGCGGUGUGCGGCCUCGGCCCGGCCGACGUCGGCGUUUCGGACCACGAGCUGGCGAUGCGGGCGCUGGGGCUGGGAGCCGGCUUCGACCAGCUCAACCUGGCCGAGCUGUCGCUGGUGGAGUUCCUGGUGCGCCGUGCGCGGCUGGCGGAGUGGAGGCGCCGCGAGCGGCUGCUGAAGAGCAGCGGCGACGAGUGCCUGGAGGACGAGUACCUGUACAUGGGGGCCUCGGAGACGAGGGGGCCCCUGAUGGUGUGCCCGACGCUCGUCGAGCACGCGCGGGCUGAGCUGCACAAGGAGGUGGCGCUCAUGAAGGAGAAGCGCGAUCUCCGCGAGGAGAGGAUGCUGUCCCGCGGCCGAAGCUCCGGCGGCGGCGGCGGCGGGAGCAAGGCGCUGCAGGGCAAGGUGGCAGCGCAGGCCGCGGAGAUCAGCAAGCUCCAGGCGAAGCUGAAGGGCACCCAGACCGGCAACCAGAACGCCGGCGGGGGCGGAGGCAAGUGGCCCAUGGCGGUCGCCCGGGAGCUGCUGCCCUGCCCGGUGCCCAACCCCGGCCGCGACUUGGCCAGCCGGGGUUGCCGGGCGGUGCGCUCGCGUGCGCGGCAGCAGCAGCGCGCUACGCAGUGGCUCUCAGAGGCUUUGCGCGCCAUGAAUUCGCUGUGCGGACAUGGGGCGCCUCGACAGGAUCUCCAGGCUUCGCGCGCCCAGCUCGCCGGCAUCGACCGCGUCCGCGAGAUCAUUCCGGAGGGGCUGGUCUCCCUGCCGGCCGCUGGCGGGCAGUGCGUUGGCGCUGAUUGCUCGACAGGCCUGAUCGACCUCAGCGAGCGGGCCGAGGGCACGGUGGGCAUCUUCUUUGUUUUCAAGAGCGACAAGCGGUCCUUGCGCAUGAUCGCGGACACGCGGGUGGCGAACGGGCGGUUACGGCCUCCAGCAUAUUCGGAGCUCGCGACGGCUGGGGCUCGGGGCAGCCUGACCGUGCCGGAGGGCAAGUCCCUCCACUUGGCCCAGAUGGACGUGGACAACGCGUUCUACUGGAUCGCCACGCCGCCGGGGCUACGGGACCACAUCGUGCUUCCCGCGGUUGACUUCGACGAGCUCCGGGUGGAGAGGCCCGAUCUGGCCGGGCAGCUGCCUGCCUGGCGGAAGGCGUCGCCUCGGCUGGCGGUCCUCGCCAUGGGCUGGAGCUGGGGCCUCUUCUUUUGCCGGCAGAUGGUGGAGACGCAUGUGCUUCGCAGCGGCCCAGCGUGGGAGCGGCUGGCGCGUGGCCGGCGCCCCGCGCCUGCCCUCGAGGAGGGGCCCGCUGCCGCCGUCUACGUCGAUGGGGCCGCCGUGGUCGGGGUCGACUACGCCGAGACCAUGGGGACGGGCCAGCGGGUGCGCGACUCGCUGGACGCGGCGGGCCUGACGUGCCAGGGGCUCGAGGGGCCCAGCGCGGAGGCGACGUUCGCCGGCCUGGUGUUCGAUGAGGCGAAGGGCCGCGUUGGGCUUAGCCGCUGGCGCAUGUGGCGCAUUCGGCUGAGUCUGCUGCACGUUGCCGACCGCGGCUCGGCCACCGGCGACGAGAUGCGGGUGCUCCUCGGCCACUUCACGUGGGGCGCUCUGGUGCGGCGGGAGCUGCUGUCGAUCAUCUUCUCGGCGGCCUACCGGUCCGCGACCUGGGCCGGCGGGCGGCGGCGUCGCCUGUGGAGCGCCGCGGAGGCAGAGCUCCGCAUCGCCGCUGCGCUCAUCGUGUUCGGCUACGUGGACUGCCGCCGCCGACCAGACCCCGUGGCGCUGGCCGCCGACGCCUGCGGGGCCACGGGCGCCGACGCAGGCGGGUUCGGCGUGGUGAGCCGGGCCUGGGGCCCGCGUGGCGUCGGCCGGGCCUGCGCUCAGGCGGAGCGGUGGCGCCGCCGCGUCUCCGAG